AUGACACAAUUAGUCACAACAACGAUAAUCCUUCUACCGAAAAGGGAUGUGCUGCAUAAACCAUCUGGUCUUAUAAUGAAAUACAUAUCAGAAUACAAGCCAGCGAACGACAUAACAUCUAUUACGGUAUCCAUACCUAUGGUGGGCGACAUGUGCUACCUUAUACCGCGGAAAGCGAUGAUAAAAAUACCACAAUGCAACACAAACAUAAAACAACAACAGGAAGGAAAAAAUGAUACAUCAAACAAGCGUAAUAAAAGAUUCAUCAUGAAUAUUAUCUCAAUCGCCAUGGGAACGGCAGCAACAAUGCUAGCAACCAGCAACACAAUACAAAUACAUAAUCUUCAAAAGGAGAUAAAAUCAAUAAGAACGUCCAUUGAUGCAAUACAAAAUGCAGUCAACAGUCACCAUAGUCAAUUGUUCCAAUUAACCAAGGGCCAAAUUACAAUUGUGGAAGAACUAAUUCACACGCAAACCGCCCUGAAUAAUACAAUUGUUUUGGUGAAUGAGCAUUCUAAUGUGCUUAAACAACACCGAGUAGCUAUUAAUACACUAGUGUCAAUGGUCAUGAUGCUCAAAAAAGAACUAACAUCAUUUACUCACGCGGUAGAAACUCACUUUAUUCACGAGUCUAUCGAAGAUAUUUUGGCAAAUAAACUCAACCUCCGAUUUAUCCAUCACUACGAUUUACCCCGAGUGAUAAAAAUGAUUACAAAACAAGUAAAUAUAGAUAUGGAAGAAACAGAUGAUUCACUGCCAACAUUCGAACUGAUUAAUCGAUUAUUGAUACAACAACGAAUUGAAUUCGUUCCAAUCAAUACAAAGGAACAAACAGCUGGCGGCGCUAUCGGUAAUCUAUUAUUUAUAUCAUUCUUUGCUACGGCAAAUAAAAAUCAACAAUCAUUCUCAACCUACCAAUUGACGCCAAUUCCAUUUAAUCAAGGACAACAAAGAUUAAAACUGGCACAGAUACCUUACAUUAUUGGUAUCUCAACAAAAACAAUGGAAUUAAUACAAUGGACGAAAGAAGAAAGCAAUACAUGUAAAUUUACAUCAAUGUCCUCAUGUCGAGAAACACCACCAAUUAAAAAAAAUUGGAAACAGACCUGCUUAUUCGAAAUAUUAACUGACUCAAAUUUAACAUUAUGCCGUAUUGAACAUGAACUAGAACCAAUAUUUAUACAAAGAGUCGGUCAACAAUGGGCAAUAUCAACAAUAAAUGAAACAAAAUGUCAUCGUGUCACACAGCUGGAACAAGGCGAACAUGCGAUAACAGCAAAUAAUGAAUUAACCAUCCCACCAAUUGCAUUGAUCACCAUAGACAAAUCAACAGCAUGGAGCUGUGAUAAUUUCUUCUUACCAAGCAUUACAAAUGGCACCAACAAAUUCAUCACAAUUAUUGAGAACAAAAAACUGAACUUCGACGAUUCGAUUCUCAUUGAUUUACAAAAAGCUAUGAGUAAUGACACUCGAUGGGAAAAAAUACCAUAUAUACCAGGCAAUAUAAAAAAUAUGAUUGAAUAUUUAAUAACAACGACACCAACCACCAUAGUCUCAUCAACAGCAUGGUAUCAACAUGGACUAGCAAUAGGGUUGUUGUCACUUGGGAUAAUAGCAAUUACUCUAAUUAUUUUGUACAUGCGAUUAAUAAGCAAAAUUAGAAAGACAUCAACAACGAAAAUGAUUAUAAUGCCGCAAAUAUAA